AUGCCGUCGUGGCUGAGACAACAUUUCGGGAAACCCUCAUCCAACGCCGAACCUGACGUGAACGCACCCCCGCCCGAAUGGACUGCCGCACCCGAGCAAAGCUACGCCGACGGACUCUACAACGAGGCAUCCGAUGCGGACUACGAGGCCGCUGAGCAGUUCUGCUCCGACCACCCUCCCGACCUGCCGAAGCUCUUGCCUUCGCAUGCUAUCGACCGAAUCUCGGCGGUGGGAUGCGCGGCAUGGGGGCUCGAUUGGCCCAAUAGCAGGCGAUUCAUCGGGCGGAUAUCAAACGCAUCGAAGGCGAAGGGCAGACAAGCGGUAACACGCGUCGAGACCGAGGAUACAUGCAUAAAAUAA